CAACAUAUAAUAUCUUACGCGCCCUUUUCAUUUUCUAUGCUUUUCGCCCUGCGAAUUGCGAAGAAGAUUACACGCAGAGCAAAAAGCAAUGUCACUCCUGCAAAACACCCACCAAAUUCGACCGUUAAUUCCCUAUCCAGUUCAAAAAUUCCCCAACUCUUUCCACCCCACAUCUCCAAACCUCCAUUUCUCUCCCAAAACACCUCCAAAACCAAUCCACUUCCGCCCAUCGACGCCCCAAUCCCAACCCGCCCACCACCCCGCGCCGGAAACCAAAACCCAAGACGACGGCAUCCCCGCCGAGGAUGUCAAGAUCCUCGCCAAAUUCAAGUCCAUGCACAACUACAUUCGGGUCCUCGAGGUAUCAAAAAGGGCCGACCACCCGUUCGCCGGCUCAAGACUCCUCCUUCUCGACAACCCCGGAAACAUCCACAGCAUCUCUUUCAUUUUCAAGUCCCUCACCAACACCUACUUCGAUGUCUUCGCCACCUUGCCGCCGAUUAUUCCUCCCGGACCCAUCGGCAUUCUUGGGUUCGGGGCAGGGUCUGCGGCAAGGUCGAUUCUUGAUCUGUACCCAGAAGUUGUGGUUCAUGGGUGGGAGCUUGACCCAUCUGUGAUUGCUGUGGGCAGAGAGUACUUUGGACUCUCAAAACUUGAGAGGCAAUACACGGAUAGGCUUGUAAUUCAUGUUGGAGAUGCUUUCAAGGCCAGCACGAGAGACGGGUUUUCAGGGAUUUUGGUGGAUUUGUUUAGUAAAGGAAGUUUGGUUCCCGAGCUGCAGGAUCCAAAUACUUGGAAGAUGCUCACAAAGUGUUUGAGAAAAGGCGGCAGAAUAAUGGUCAAUGUAGGAGGUAGCUGUGUGGAGGCUGAGGACUCACUGAGAGAUGGGAAAAUUGUUAUGGAAGAAACUUUGAAGGCUAUGCAUCAGGUUUUUGGCGACAAGCUUUUUGUGUUGAGCCUUGGGAAUCGACAGGAAGAUAGCUCCCUUGUUCUUACGGGUGAUAUGCCGCCUGAUCUUGGAGCUUGGAAGAAGAUGCUGCACCGUUCCUUGGAGGGUUAUGUCGAUAUGUGGACACCAUUUAGCGGCUAAAUUGGUGGUGGGAAGAUUUUUCACAUGUUGAUUGUUGAUUGUUGCCUCGUCUCGAUCAUCCGCUACAACAUUCAUGUGUUAACUCUUGUUCGGGAUAUCAACAUCAAAGUAGUAUUUUUUUUUUUCUAUUCAUCCUCCCCGUCUUCAAUGUCUUGGUCUUGUUCAAGGACGCCAAUAUGGAGUGGUACUCUUUCUUUCAUCAAUUAUGUUUUCAUCUUCAAAAGGUGAAGAUACCAACUUGGAUAAAAGCUGUGUGCGCAGUUAACCAUUUUUGGUGUGGUGAGAACUCUUCAUAUCUUUCAUGCGAGUUCUUUAGGUGUCUAUACCUAAGACCAUGACACUUUCUUAGUAAGGGAGAGACCUAGAAAUAUACAACUAACAUAGUUAACUUUUUUAGUUUCUUUCAAUAUCUCAAUCAACCAACUAAAGUUGAAGUAGCAAUGAAUUGAAAAGACAUGUAUAUUUGUUGUCCACUAAUGUUCAAAGGAAAGAAAAAAACAUAGUAAAUAUUAGUAAAAAUUGCUUGCACGA